AUGUUUGGGACAAGCGGUGAUAAGAAACCAAUUAAUAAUGUUGUGAGUUUUUUUUGGGGCGGGAUUUUUUGAAAAUUUGGAUUUUGGCGGGAAAAUUCCAGAAGUUUUGGUGAAAAAUGUUUGAAUUUCAAAAUUUUUUUCGCCAAUUCAAAAAUUUCACUGAAAACAUUUUAUCCGAUACUAAAAUAGAAAGAGAUUGAAAAAAAAUAUAACGAAAAAAAUAUAUGGAAAAUCUGAAACAGUAAAUUUUUUCAAACUUAAUUUUUGAAACCGGAAAUAUUUUGAUUAGCCUUGGGUCCAACGAUUAAAAAUUCACAAAAAUUUUAAUAUCAAAAUUUUGAAACAGUCAUGUUUUUCCUUGUAUUAAACGUUUACUAAAUUAAAUUGAAAAGAACAUUUUUUGGUGUCCUGAAAGAUUAUAACAUCAUUUCAAAAAUUCACAAAAAUUUUAAUAUCAAAAUUUUGAAACAGUACAUUUUUCCUGUAUCAAAAAUUUAUUAAUUUAAAUUGAAAAUAGCAUUUUUGGUUCUUAAAAAUUGUUCCAAAAUUUAUCUAUCAUUUUAAAAAAUCACAAAAAAAUUAAUAACAAAAUUUUGAAACAGUAAUUUUUUUCUUCAGUGCUUUAAUAAUUAAAAAAUCAAAAUUCUGAAAAAUUGCAGGUUCCCAAGCUCUACCAACUCACCAACGCUCAAGGGCAACCCGUCACAUUUCGUCCAAGUUCAGGCAGCACAAUAAUCGGCGCCAAACCAGUCGCCAUCAUUCCAAGAUCAAUGCUCCAAGCCUCCUCCUCCUCAUCUUCAGCUCCAGGCCCAGCAGGCCCAUCUCCAGGCCAAGCCCAAUUAAUUGUCCCAAAAUCAAUGGGCCGAGACACGGCCGAAAGUCCGCCCGAAUUAUUUGUCGAGAAAAAUUUGGAGCCCCAGGAACAACAACAGAAAGUGGUGAAAAUUGAUCCGGAGAUUUUGGAGGCUCGUCAGAAGAAGGAAUUUAUUCGCGAUUUGGAGCGGAAAAUUGUGGAGGAACGGCAACAAUUCGAUGAGGAACGGUCCGGAAAUCGGAGCGGAAGCUUGAAAAUUUCGAUUGGUGAACAUGUUAUUGAGGUUGGUCGUUUUUAGCGGGAAAUUUUUGGGUUUUUCGGGGAAAAUUGAUGAAAAAGCUCAAAUUCGGGGUCAAAAAAAUAGAAAAAAAAUCUCACUGUUUCAAUAUAUUUUCAAAUAAAAUUUCACAAUCUUAUUAAAUAUUAUAGCUAAAAAUAAUCUCCGAAAAUCCACGUGGAAAUUUUGAACUUAAAUCAAAAAUUUUGGAGCUAAAUCCGACUUUCCACGUGGAUUUUUUUUUCGCGUUAAAAAUCCUGAAAAAUUGAAAGUUUCACAUUUUAAUCAAAUAUUUUUUCACUGUUUCAAAAUAUUUUCAAAUAAAAUUUCACAAUCUUAUUAAAUAUUACAGCUAAAAACCUCUCCGAAAAUCCACGUGGAAAUUUUGAGAAUUUCUGGCCUCAAAAAUCCACGUGGAAAUUUCGAACUCAAUCCAAAAAUUUUGUUGCCGAAUCGACUUUCCACGUGGAUUUUUUCACGCCAAAAUCCUGAAAAAAUCGAAAUUUUCACAUUUAAAUCAAACAUUUUUUCACUGUUUCAAAAUAAUUUUGAAUAAAAAUAUGGGAUUUCUUCAGUUGCUCAUUUUCGAAAGAUUUUAACAUUCUCAAGAAUUUUCGAACCACAAAAUCCACGUGGAAAUUUCGAACUCAAUCCAAAAAUUUUGACUUUCCACGUGGAUUUUUUCCCGUCAAAAUCCUGAAAAAAUCGAAAUUUUCACAUUUAAAUCAAACAUUUUUUCACUGUUUCAAAAUAAUUUUGAAUAAAAAUAUGGGAUUUCAUAAGUUAGUAACAAAACAAUUGAAUGAUACCUAAAUUUGACAUUUCUGAACCUACGAUAUAAUUUGCCACGUGGAUUUUUAUUAUUUACAAAAAUGUUCAUUUGAAAAAAUUCAUUGUUUCAAAAUAUAUUCAAACAAAAAAAAAGGGAAAAAUAAUUGGGAUUUUUCAUAUUUUUCUGGAAAAUUUUUCACUGUUUCAAAAUAUUUUCAAAUCUAGAAUUUUGAAGUUAAUUGGUUUUUGAUACAUUGUUCCUCAUUAAAAAAAUCCAGAGUUUUUCAUAGGUCUAAAACCAGGCCUAGAUUAUUUUUCAAUUAGCCUUACUAAAUCUGGACCUAAAAUGUAUUUUUUGUACAAUUGAUAUCAGUUGGCUCAAUAUUUUCAUUGAUUUAUUGAAAAAUAUAUGGAUUUUUUUUGAAACAGUGACAUUUUUUUCAAUUCUUUUAUUUCUUCAGGAAUUCGUUCCGGAAAACCUCGAACACAUUCUGAAAGAAGAAGCCGAAAGAAAACGUCAUGAAAAUCCCGGACCAUCCUCCUCCUCACUUGCACAUCCAUAUCUACCGCCAACAAAUUCCCGCCGAAAAUCCCAAAAAUCGCCGGAAGACGUCGAAAAAGAGGAACACGUCGAGUCACGCAUCAAAACCCUUCUCCUUCAGGCCUCGAAACACAUCGAAAAAGAUGAAAAAGAGUGGAGAGAUCAGAGAAAGAGAUCAAGUGCAUUUUAUAAAAAUCAAGAGCCUGAAGAGCCUUUGACACCUCCGAGAAAGCGUGGAAGACAUUUGCGAAAAUCUGCGCGAAAGUCUGUUGAGACUAAGGCUAAGCCUGAGAAGCCUGAAGCCCAGAAGGUGCCCGAAAAAAGCCCGAAGCGGGCCGAAAAACGUGCCAAAAUCUCGGAAGUCGAUAAACUAUUGGCAAUGGAUUUUGGACCUAAAGAAGGUGGAACUCUUAAGGAUUUGGAGGCGGCAAAACCGAUGUCAUUUGCGCCGAGGAAAGCGGCACUUCCGGAAAAUCGAUUGAUGUUGAGUCCGCAGAAGGAGAUGAUGACGACGACGCCGGCGUUGCGACGCGGAAGAAGUUCGAGUAGUGGAUUGGGGAAAAUGAAACGGCCUGGAAGUUCGGCUGACUCGGAAAGUGGGUUUUUUUGGGGGAAGCGCUUUCUCUAGAUGAAAUUUGGCCUGAAAGCCUGAAUUUGAUCCUAAAAGUCUGAAAAUUAGGUCUAGAAACAUGAUUUUUGUGAUUUCUGGAUAAGUUUGAUCUAAAAAUCAUGAAAAAUUACCUAAAAUUAAUUUCAGGUCAUUUUUAUUCUUGAAAUAAGCGAAAAAUAGUGGAUUACCAGCCAGAAAUAAUGAAAAACCUGCAAUUUUGAACUAAAAAUAAUUAAAAAUUACCUAAAGUUAACUUUAGGUUAAAAUUGGGCCUUAAAAUGCAUAAGACCUAGAACCAGGCCUAGUUAAGGCCCUAAAUAUAGGCUUGGAAAAGGCCUGGACCUAUACUAGUAUCUAAGUCAGAAACUAAGCCUAACUUUGGGCCUUAGUUCAGCCUAGACUCACAAUUAAUCCAAAAAAAAACCCAAUUUUAAACUAGUCUAAUUCUGGGCCUGAAAAAAUGUAUGUAUUUUUUGAAACAGUGCAUUUAUUCAAAGUUGCGAAUGUCCUGAAAAUUUAAAUUUAUGAUCAUGAACCAAUUUCAAAAUUUUCAAUUAUCAAAAUUUUGAAACAGUGAGAUUUUUCUUUUCCGCUGCUAUGGUCACUUAAAAAUUCAAAUUUUUGAGUUUAUUGAAUUUUGAAACAGUUAUUUUUUUGUUCAUAAAAAAUCACUGUUUCAAAAUUAGUAUUUUAAGUUUCAGAGUUUGACAAAAAUUGAUGUUUUCUUUCCUCAUGAAACGAAAGUUCAGAUUUUUGGAUACGUUCGAGUCAAAAAUCAUGAAAAACUAUCUAAAAUUAAUUUCAGGUCUUUUUGACUCCUGAAAUCAAAUUUAUUUGGGAUUUUUUAAGCGGAAAAUAGUUGAUUGUGAGUUAGAAAUCAUGAAAAAUCAACAAUUUUGAACUGAAAAUCAUUAAAAAUGAUUUAAAUUUAAAUUCAGAACGAAAUUGGGCCUAAAAGUGCAUAAGACCUAGAACCAGGCCUAGUUAAGGCUCAAAUAUAGGCUUGGAAAAGGCCUGGACCUAUACUAGUAUCUAGAUCAGAAACUUAGCCUAACUUUGGGCCUUAGUUCAGCCUAGACUCACAAUUAAUCCAAAAAAAAAACCCAAUUUUAAACUAGUCUAAUUCUGGGCCUGAAAAAAUGUAUGUAUUUUUUGAAACAGUGCAUUUUUCAAAAUUAGAUCAUGAACCUAUUUCAAAUUUUUCAAUUAACAAAACUUUGAAACAGUGAGAUUUUUCGGAUUUUUUCUGCCACGUAUCAGUGAUUUUUUUUUUCGUUAAAAUUAAAAAAAAAUCACUGUUUCGAAAUUAUUAUUUCAAUUUUCAGAGUUAAACAUAAUUGAUGUCUUUUUUUCUAAUUCUAAACUGAAAUCCCUUAAUUUUAGGCUAAUCUCAAGCCCAAAAAGCUAGGCUCAAGGCCCAAGCCUAGACUUCUAGCCAAGCCAAAGCCCUAAACUUAGCCUAAUUCCCAUUUUCCAGAAACCGACAGCCGCGAAGUUACCAAAACUCCAGAAGUCGCAAAAACCAUCGAAGAAGUUGCUCCACAACCGCGAGAAGCCCCAGAAAUCCAUCGGGCUCCAAGUCCAGCGCCUCAAAUCCAAAUCCAAAUUCAGAAGACUCCACCAGCUUCAGCUCCGAAUCCAGAAGCCACAAGAGUUCCGACAACUCCAGUUUUGGUCAGGAUUUUGGCUCCGCCCCCGCUACCACAGGUGCAGCAGGCUCGGGCUCCGAUUCAAGUUCAGGCUCCAAUUCAGGCCGCACCGGCCCCGCAAGUCCAAAUUGUUCCGCCCACACAAGGCCGUUGGAUAAUCCCCGGAGAAAUGUAUUUGCCAGCCGGUGGAGAUUUGAAUUACCGUGCAUGGUCGGUUGCGCAAAUGUUCGAAUGGGUUACGGAAAUCACGGGCUCCGCGGCCACUGCGCAAAUCUUCCGCGACGAAGAAAUGGACGGAACGCUUGUGGAUUAUUUGACGCAAGACGAUUUGCGUAAUCAAUUGAAGUUGCCGUUUGGACCGAUGAUGAAAUUGUUGCGAGGAAUUGGCAAGAUUAAGGAGAUGAGCAAGGCCCAAGCUCAGGCUUGAGCCUGCGAUUAAAAAGCCUGAAAGGUAGGCUUUUUGGGGCCCGGGGAAUUUUUUGAUACCAAAUUUGAAUGGGUUUUGUGGAAGUUAAGCCUAACAUCGUAAACCUAAAACAUUAGAUAAGCCUAUUUAUAGGCCUUGUUAGAUUUCGGAUAAGCCUAAGCCUAGAAGAAGCUUGGUUAGGCCUAAGAGUGAGCCUAAGGCUUUGUUUAAGCUGAAAAUUUCAAAAUUCAGAUUUUUUCUAAUUUUUCAAAAAAAAAAUUCACUGUUUCAAAAAUAUAAUAAUUUUGAAAAUUAGAAUUUUCGGAGCUGUAAUUUGAUUUCUUACACGUUAUAAAAAUUCCAAAAAAAUGUCACUGUUUCAAAAUUUUAAUGAUUGAAAGUUUAGGUUUUUCAUUUGUACCACGCCCAAAAUCAAAAAUCUAAUUUUUAAUUAUUUUUUGUCCAUACUGUUUCAAAAAUUUGAUAAUUCUGAAAAUUUGAAUUUUCGAAGCUAUUUUUAGAACUUUUCCGAAAAAAUUUUACUGUUUCAAAAUUUGGUUGUUUCUCAUUUUGAUGUGACAUUCUAAUGGGGUGAGUCAAUCGAAUUAAUCGACGUGUUUUUUGCGAUUAAUUGACAAAAAAAGUGAGUCUUUUAGGGCGAUUAAUUUCACGUUUUUGUCAAUUCCUCGCUUUCAUUUCUUGGCAAAAAAUGCGAUUAAUUUCAUAAAAAUUCGAAUUCAUUUGACCUAUAUUUUAAAACGUGACCUAUAUGAGUUGGAAUUAUCAACAAAAAAUUGUCUUCUCUCAAUUUUCUCUCAUUUCGAAAUGAAUCCAAAAAAUAAGCUGUGAAUUUAGAACACGUUUCAAAAAAGAGGUCAAAUAAAUUCUAUUUCGUAUUGAAAUUCCUCAUUUUUGAAUGCAAUUAAUUGCAAAAAAGAUGAAAUUAAUCGACAAAAACGUGAAAAAAUCGCACAAAAAAGACUCACAUUUUCUGUCAAUUAAUCGUCAAAAAAUAAAAUUGACUCAAAUAAAUUUGACUCACCAUAAGGGAUUUCAGCAAAAUAAAAUAGUUUAAAGAAUUUCCAAUUUUUUGAUAUUAAAUAAGGUUAAGAAGCCUGAAGUAGACCUAAAAUAGGCCUGAGCCUAAAAUUCAGGCUAAGAAGACAUGUUUCUGAGCUAAACCUAAGCCCGAAAAUCUAAUUUUCAUUUAUUUUUUGUCCAGAAAAAAUCACUGUUUCAAAUAUUCAAUAAUUUUGAAAAUUAGAAUUUUCGGAGCUAUUUUUAGAACAUUUUCCAAAAAAAAAUCUCACUGUUUCAAAAUUUGGAUGAAUGAAAAUUUGUCUGUUUCUCAUGAUUCAACAUUGAGAUGGUUUUCAGCAAAAAAAAUUAAUAGUUUAAAGAAAUUCCAAUUUUUUGGUAUUAAAUGAGGUAAAGAAGCCUGUAGUAGACCAAAAAUAGGCCUGAGCCUAAAAUUCCGGCAGAAGAAGAAAUGUUUCUUAGCCAAACCUAAACCCGAAAAUAUAAUUUUCACAAUUUUUUGUUCAUAAAAUCUCACUGUUUCAAAAUGUUGACAAUUGAAAAUUUGGAUUUUUUCUUAUAUUGAUUCAAAAUUGAGAGGGUUUUCAGCAAAAAAAGAACAUUUCAGAGAAUUUUCAUAUUUUUGGUACUAAAUAAGGUUAAGGUUAAGAAGCCUGAAGUAGAAAUGAGAUAGGCCUAAGCCUAAAUAUAAAUUAAGCCCAGUCUAAAUCAGGGCUAAUAUAGGCCUUAAAAUUAAGUCAAACCUAAACCUGUUUCUGAGCUAAAACUAAGCUUGAAAAUCAAAUUUUUACGGGUUUUGGUCUAGAAAAAAUCACUGUUUCAAAAAUUCAUGAAUUAAAAAAAUUAGAAUUUUCGAAGCUAUUUUUAGAACUUUUCCGAAAAAAUUUUACUGUUUCAAAAUUUGGAUGAUUGAAAAUUUGGUUAUUUCGAUUUGAUGCAAAUUCUUAUGAUUUGGAGCCAAAAAUUAAAAGUUUGAAGAAUUUCCAAUUUUUUGAUAUUAAAUAAGGUUAAGCCUGUAGUAGACCAAAAAUAGACCUGAGCCAAAAAUUCCGACAGAAGAAGAAAUGUUUCUCAGCCAAACCUAAACCCGAAAAUAUAAUUUUCACAAUUUUUUGUUCAUAAAAUCUCACUGUUUCAAAAUUUUGAUGAUUGAAAGUUUAGGUUUUUCAUUUGUUCAAUGCUCGAAGAAAAUUUCAAAGAAUUUUCAUAUUUUUGGUACUAAAUAAGUUUAAGGUUAAGAAGCCUGAAGUAGACCUAAAGUAGGCCUAAGCCUAAAUUUUGAGCCCAGUCCAAAUCAGGGCUAAUAUAGGCCUUAAAAUUAGGUCAAACCUAAGCCUGAAAAUCAAAUUUUCACUUGUUUUUUGUCCAUAAAAAAUCACUGUUUCAUAUGUUUAAUAAUUUUGAAAGUUAGAAUUUUCGGAGCUCUCUUCAGAACUUUUCCUAAAAAUCUCACUGUUUCAAAAUUUGGAUGAUUGAAAAUUUGAUUAUUUCAUUUUGAUGCAAUAUUUCUGAGUGUCAGCAAAAAAAGAACAUUUCAGAGAAUUUUCAUAUUUUUGGUACUAAAUAAGGUUAAGGUUAAGAAGUCUGAAAUAGAACUUGAAUAGGCCUAAGCCUAAAAUUCAGGCCAAGAAGACAUGUUUCUGAGCCAAACCUAAACCCGAAAAUAUAAUUUUCACUUUUUUUGUCAAGAAAAAAUCACUGUUUCAAAAAUUUGAUAAUUUUGAAAAUUUUAAUUUCAAAUUUAAUUUUCAUAACAAGGGUUAUCAAUUCCAAAAAAUCAGCCUAUUUUAUCACAUAAAAAUUAUCGAUUUUUCCAGCUUCAUCAUCAUCUCAAAUCGUGGCCGCCUCAAAAUCCCUUUGUUGUUCUUUUUUCUCAUUCCCUAUAAUGUAUUUUUUUUCUGUUUUGUUACAUUUUUCCGGUUUUCCCUCCCCAAGCUCGGGCAUAAUAUUUUGUUACUUUCCCCCUUUGAUUUUCACCUGAAAAUCCAAAUUUUCCCACCCAUUCCUACCUAUCUACAUAUUUAUUAUCUCAUCCUCCAAUGUUUCAGCUUUACCCUGCAAAAUUUUCCCCAAUUUUUCAAUGUAUUUAUUGAUUUUUGCUUCGUUUUCGAAAGGUUGCUAUCGUAGAUUUUCGAGAAAUGAAGAUGUUGAUUAA